UCUUCGUUCUUAAUAUGUUCUGACACCCCUUUUUAAUGCACAUGACAAGUCUUUGUCUUGGAAGACUGUUUUAAACGUUUUGCUUUGUUUCUGUAACUUCAAUUUAGUGCGAAGUAAUAAGCCUCUGCUUCAUCAAGGCCGUUUUUAUUGUUUUCCUUGUAAUUGUUUCUUUUCAUCUCGAUUUGUUUCAAUGGCAUCCAGUUCUGGCUAUGGUGGCCGAAAUGCUUUCGAUCCAAUAAUACCAUCUGCCUCUACUUGUGUUGCAUCCUCAUCUGGAAUGAAACAACAGUCUUGGGAUGUAUUCAUCAAUCAUCACGGAGAUGAUGUCAAACACACGGUGGCCAGUAGAAUCUACAAUCACCUUCAUGCCAGGGGACUGCGAGUGUUCCUGGACCAAAAUGAGCUGGAGCUUGGGGAAUUCUUUCCGAGAGCUUUAGAACAAGCAAUACGUAGUGCUUCAAUUCACAUAGCAAUUUUUUCUAAAAAUUAUGCACGAUCCGCCUGGUGCUUGGCGGAACUGGCAAUUAUGGUGGAAACCGGCACCACAAUUAUCCCUGUCUUUUAUCAUGUUCAGCCUUCUGAUUUAAGGUGGGCUGUCGGAGGAACAGGAGAAUACGCGGAUGCCUUCUCCGAGCAUGAAAAGAAGGGCAGAUACCCUUCAGAAGACCUUCAACGCUGGAAAGUGGCGCUCCAACAAGUCUCGUGUUAUAUUGGAAAGAUCAUAGGUGACGAGCAGCAGGUUGUGAAAAGUGUGGUGAAUCGUAUAUUGAAAGAAAUGGACCCGCUAUGCUUAGAGGUGGCAAAGUAUCCAGUGGGUCUGGAUGAAGUUGUGCAAGACUUUGAAAAGACUGCAAUUCAAUCAGCUCCUGAGAAUGUACAGAUUGUUGGAAUCUGGGGUAUGGGUGGAAUCGGAAAAACCACCCUGGCAAAAGAAUUCUAUAAUAGAAGAUGCUCGGGCAUGGAUUAUGCCAGUUUUCUCUCAGAUGUUCAACAUGCUGCAGAGAGUGGCGAGUUACCUAUGAAACAGAAGAAGCUUUUGAAGGACCUCGACCUCGACCUCGACGUCAGGGACGUACCUCUUGACAAUAUAGCCGAAGGCAAACAGAUUGUCAAAAACCGUUGGAGAUCAAAUCAACUAGAUGCUGAAAAGUCUGCUCUUAUCAUUUUGGAUGAUGUUGAUCAUCCAGACCAACUGGAGGCUCUAUUGCCACCAAGGGAAAGCUUAGGCCACCGAAAUUUGAUUAUUGUUACCACACGUGAGCUUGAUGUUCUCAAUGCGUGGGGCAUCUCUACUGUUUUUAAAAUGAGGCCUCUGAAUGAAACUCAUGCCGAGCAGCUUUUCUGUUGUCAUGCAUUCUUACAACAGUCUCCACCACCGGAAUUUGAGGGUCUUGUUAAAAAGUUCAUAAAGGCUUGCGAUGGAUUGCCUUUGUCACUCAAGGUGUUAGGGGCACAGCUUUAUGGCAAGUCCGACAAGGCAUACUGGCAGCGAACAUUGAAUAAAAUUUUAAGAAUAUUGCCCAUGGACAUCAAAAAACGGCUGAAGGUCAGCUAUGAUGCGUUAGAUGAAGAAGAGAAACAGAUGUUUCUGGAUGCAGCUUGUUUCUUUAUUGGACGAAGGACCAGUACGGCCAUUGCAGUGUGGGACGGUUCAGAAUGGGACGGUCUGCUCGGUUGGGAAAAGCUUUUCAAUAAAUGUCUUGUUGAUCUCGAUCAGUGGAAUCGUAUAAGAAUGCACGAUCACUUGAGAGAUUUAGGAAGGGAAAUCGCAAAUGAACAGACACCCUAUCGCCUGUGGUUUCGAAACCAGAUUAUCCAGGUUCAGCCUCAACAGGUAGGAAUACAAAUCCGAGGAAUAGUAGCAAAUGCAACUCGUGUCAAUUGGUACUCGCAAAGGAAGGUAAAGAUAAACACAAGCCAAGGAGUUCGUAGCCUCAAGCCCUCCUCGGUCGGCUUGAAGAUUUUGGUUUGUAUGGGAAGUAAUACUGAUCAAGGAAAUGGCGACUUACCAAGAGGACUGAUCUGGCUUUGCUAUUAUAAUUUUCUUCACAGAAAACUUCCUUGGUUUUCAUUGCAAAGCUUGAGAAUUUUACUUCUCACUGGUGCUCGGAAUUUAGAAAACUUGUGGGACACUGAUGCGGAUGCUCCAUUACAAUUAAGAGAACUGACAAUCCAGGGCUGCCAGAAUUUCCGAGGGUUUCCGGAAUCAAUAGGAAAUAUGAUGCAUUUGAAAGAGAUAAGGUUAAAUCCCAAAUCAUCUGCAAUGACAAGCCUCCCAAACCAAUUUUGUUUUCUGCAAUCUCUGGAACACCUGCAAUUAUCUAGGUGUGAAAACCUAUCAUCGUUGCCGAGAAAUUUUGGCAAUUUGACUAACCUGCGGCAUCUAGAUUUCUCCUACUGCUCGCAGUUGAUGACAUUGUCAGAUUCCUUUAAGCAGUUGACACUCCUUCAAUAUCUGAAUUUAGAGGGGUGCCGGGAGUUAAGCUUCAAGACAGAGAAUUCAGACAUUCUGGAGCAGAUGAGAAAGUUGGAGUACCUGAAUCUGAACGAAUGCAGGAAUCUGGAAACUUUUCCCCUCCCAAAUGGGGCGUCUUUGACAGAGCUUUAUUUAAAGGACACAAGGUUGAGGGAACUGCCAGAUAAAAUCGGGCAACUAAGAAAGUUGCCUGUGCUGGAGAUAAAUAGUGAGUUGUUAAAAACCUUGCCGAGCUCUAUAGGUAAUUUGUCAGCAUUAACUGCACUUAAAAUAUCAUCUUGCCCCCACUUGGAAUCUUUGCCAACAUCUCUGUGGGACUUGCCCUCCUUGAUUGAACUAGAAAUAAUGUCUACAAAAAUGUCCAAGCUUUCAAUUCCUGAAGCAUGUUGUCCUCGCCUUUUGAGUCUGUCUCUUCGAUCUAAUCAUCUCUUAAGGGAGAUCGAAACCCUCCCAAGAACAAUGGAGACCAUAAAGGUAGAGCAUUGUAAUGUCCUACAGAGCAUCAGAGGUAUUUGUCACCUCGAAAAGCUUAAGACAAUGAUCAUUUCUUACUGUCCAAACUUGGGUGAGCUUCCGAGCUUUGCUAAAUUACUUUCAUUAAAAGAAUUUGAAUUGAAAUCUUGCCCGAAAGUGAAGGCAUUUGAAGGUUUUGAAGGUUUGGGAUCAUUGGAGAAGUUUAGAAUAGAUUACUGUCCAGAAUUAGAAAUUCUUCCAAAUUUUGGAAAGUUAACUUCCUUGAAGAUUCUAAAAUUGCGAAAGUGCCAAAGACUGGAGACGCCAGAAGGGGUGGAACGUUUGGGUCCACUCGAGAAGCUGAAUAUAGUUGAAUGUCCACGCCUAAGAAUUGGCUUCCUUAGAGGAAUUUGAAUUACUGUGAAAGUGCCCUCUUUAAAUUUUCUCAGACGUUCUUCGUCCCGUUUAAUAAAAAAAUGUUAUGAAUUGAUGUCAAAAGCUGUAAUCAAACCACCAUAUUCAAUGCAUUCACGUCACUGAGAGAGGGCAGACUGCAAUAUUUGAAGACUUUUAUCAUUGCCAUCAGGAUAUUAAUUCAUUGUAUUCAAUCUAACAAUUAAUCUUCAUUGUAUCGAAUUAAAAAAU